CCAAAAUGCAGAAACGGAGGAGAAAUCUCGCGAGAGCUGCGUGGCCGGGGCAGGGGAGGUUCCUUUUCCCGCUUCCUUCCUCCUUCGCGUUAGUUCCGGUCGCAGAGGGGACCUCGUCGCAGUUGUCGCCGCCCCAGGGAUCUCUGGCUCUUUUCUCUUCGCCUUAAAUUCGGGUGUCUUUUAUGAAUAAUCAAAAGCAGCAAAAGCCAACGCUAUCGGGGCAGCGUUUUAAAACCAGAAAAAGAGAUGAAAAAGAGAGGUUUGACCCUACUCAGUUUCAAGACUGUAUUAUUCAAGGCUUAACUGAAACUGGUACUGAUUUGGAAGCAGUAGCUAAGUUUCUCGAUGCUUCUGGAGCAAAACUUGACUACCGCCGGUAUGCAGAAACGCUCUUUGACAUCCUGGUGGCUGGUGGAAUGCUGGCCCCGGGUGGCACCCUGGCCGACGACAUGAUGCGGACAGAUGUCUGCGUAUUCGCAGCACAGGAGGACCUGGAGACCAUGCAGGCGUUUGCACAAGUUUUUAACAAGUUAAUCAGGCGCUACAAAUACCUGGAGAAAGGCUUUGAAGAUGAGGUGAAAAAGCUGCUGCUGUUCUUAAAGGGUUUCUCCGAAUCAGAGCGGAACAAGUUGGCCAUGUUGACGGGUGUGCUGCUGGCUAACGGGACACUCAAUGCGUCUAUCCUCAACAGCCUCUACAAUGAGAAUCUGGUGAAAGAAGGGGUUUCAGCAGCAUUUGCUGUGAAGCUGUUCAAAUCAUGGAUCAAUGAGAAGGACAUCAACGCGGUGGCUGCGAGUCUUCGCAAAGUCAGCAUGGACAACAGGCUGAUGGAACUUUUUCCUGCCAAUAAGCAGAGUGUGGAGCACUUCACGAAGUACUUCACCGAGGCGGGCUUGAAGGAGCUGUCAGAGUAUGUCCGGAACCAGCAGACCAUCGGUGCCCGGAAGGAGCUGCAGAAGGAGCUUCAGGAGCAGAUGUCCCGCGGCGACCCGUUCAAGGACAUAAUUUUAUAUGUCAAGGAGGAGAUGAAAAAGAACAACAUCCCGGAACCGGUUGUUAUUGGGAUCGUCUGGUCAAGUGUGAUGAGCACGGUGGAGUGGAACAAAAAAGAGGAGCUUGUAGCGGAGCAAGCCAUCAAGCACUUGAAGCAAUACAGCCCUCUCCUCGCUGCCUUCACCACCCAAGGCCAGUCCGAGCUGACUCUCUUGCUGAAGAUCCAGGAGUAUUGCUACGAUAACAUCCACUUCAUGAAAGCCUUCCAGAAAAUAGUGGUGCUUUUUUACAAAGCCGAGGUCCUGAGUGAAGAGCCCAUUCUGAAGUGGUACAAGGAUGCACACAUGGCCAAGGGCAAAAGUGUCUUCCUGGAGCAAAUGAAGAAGUUCGUGGAGUGGCUCAAGAAUGCGGAGGAAGAGUCCGAGUCUGAAGCUGAAGACGGGGACUGAGCUCUGAACCUGCGUCCUCAGUAAAGCAGAGUGUAGAUAAACGUCAUGUCUCGUGUCUUGGUUUGUACAUCUUCCUACCUCCCUGCAUCAAGCAUGAUAGAAGGGCUUUCAUGGCAAACUUUAUUUUAACUGUUUCUAUGGUUCCUGGAAAAGUUCAGUUCCUACAACCAUGUUUUAAGUAUUACAGGAGCUAUAGGUUCGAAUCCAAUGUUGCAUUCAUUAGUCUUUUCAGUUCUUUUCUACCUCCUGUAUUUUCUACUGUAAUAAUGUAAUUUAAGGCCUUCCACAAUGAACAGUUCACGUUAUUCCCUGGGUUUUCUAUAUAUAAACAGUUUUCAAGAUACGAUUUGGUUAAAAAUAAUUUGUUAUAAAAAUUCUGUUUGCAAAUUAAACUGUAAAAGUAUCCAAAUUCUCAGAAACCAACGAUUUGUAUGAUAAUUUGGUUCUCCAGAGAGCCCUGCUCAUCAUCGAAAUCUCUCUGUCGAGUUCAUUAGCUCGAAUCCUGAGUGUCCAGUCUACUGCUUGCAUGUUAGCAUUUUCUUGCCUUCUUAGCCCCAGAUGUCCUUAAAUUCGGUUGUUUGCUGUCUGGUUUUCAUCCUUAGUGAAGCCAUGGAGAACAGACUUGAGAAAUUCCAGAAUCAGAGGCGGCAGAGGUGGUGGGGAAUCCAUUUCCUGCUGAGAAACUUCUGCAGUCAGUUAACAGAUGGGUUUUCUUUCCAUACAGCCAUUUUCAAGUAAAUGUACCUUAGAAAAGUCUUAUCACUUAAAAUAUUUUAUGCUCAGAGUGCACUUAGUCGGAUAGGAAAGAACUCGGAGGGGGCGUGAGUGGUAAAAGAAGUAGCCGUGCGUGCUAAAGCCCGGAGCUUUUGACAGUGGCGAGAUCAGCUGCUCCGUUGGGACCCUCAGUGCCUGCUUCCUGUGCCUGGCAGGCUGUCGUGGACAAGAAGCAAAGCAAGGUCCUCUCCCCAGCCCUGUGCACUCAGCCCUGACUCCCACAUCUGGCUGGAACAUUCCCCAGCUGCCAGGCUUCAAUUGCCAUGAGCCAAUACCUUAGAUGAUCUUAAUGUCUGCCUUGUUUCUGUCUGCUCUUGCUGCUGCCCAUCUGUGGGUCUUGGGGUUGUGUUCACAGUGACCACUGUGAAGGGUCUUCGAUUCCAAGGAAAUGGCCUGGGACUGACACCACCAGAGACUGAGCGGAAAGUCGGCCCUUUUCAGGGUGGCAUUCUCCUUAGCCAAGACUGUGGUGUUUAAAACGCAUCUUGACAGGAAUAUGUGAUACAAUUUGAAAUAAAGGUAUAAUAACCUUAAUAAGAGCUUUAGAGCUGAUUACAUUGUGAAUGGAGUAAAACUGUUAAAUGAAUAACUUAAUUUUUCAUGCACCGGCAAAAAUGUAUUCACUAGAUUUCUACGUAGUGAUCUGCUUUACUUUGUAAUUUGUAGCCCUUAAAAGACUUUUUUUUAAAAAAUAAAGUCCAUCCUUACACUUA